CAACUAUUCUGUGAAAAUGAAAGAAUAUGUCUUGUGUGUGUGUUUCCUUUUUCAUGUGGAAAGCAGCAGACCCCAGACACCAUUUCAAUCAAGGUCGAAGAAGAUAUUGGUGGAGGCAUGCCCGCCGUAGGUUAGUAAUACACAUUGCAUCUAUCUAUGCAAGAAAACAACCUUUAUAAACUGAGAAUGUACUCGAAUCUGCCUUCUCAGCAGGAGCCUUUAACCCUUAACCAUCCAAAGGGCGACAAGGAAAAUGCAUAAUCAACAAAUAGAAGUUAGAAAGAAUGUCAAAAUAUAAUUCUUCCAACACACAAGUGUGUACAAAGUACAUACUGUAUACCUUUUGUGAAAACGAUUAAUUAAAAACAUCACUUUCUCUCUUUCUCUGUUUUCCUCUCUGAAGAAGACAAUGACAUCAGAGACUGCAGCACGCAGCGCGGCGCCACCUCGGAGAGUCUGCGUGUGGACGCCCCUGGCUCCUCCCACAUGUCAAGUCACAGAGGGGAGCUGCGCAUCCUGAGCGUCUACGGACAAGGGGAGGGCCCACUGGCGGUGGACGGCCAGGACACCGUCUUUGCCACGUCAGAACUGGAGGCCUUGAGCUCGCUUUCUAAUGACCACGGCGUGGCCAAGAGCCUGAACUGCAGCGUGAGGCUCGUCCGCCUUGAGGAGCUGACUGGGCAUCAGGGCGGCCGCAAGGGCCGGCCCGGUGUCUUGUGUGGAAAGGUUGUUCCCAACAAUGCCAAUAUGAUCGUCCACAUGAGGACUCACUCCGGCGAGAAGCCCUACAGGUGUGACCAAUGCACGAAGCGCUUCAGUUAUAGCUCCCACCUGAAGAUCCACAUGAGAACUCACUCCGGCGAGAAGCCCUACAAGUGCGACCAAUGCACGAAGUGCUUCAGUCGGAAAGGCCAGCUGAAUAUCCACAUGUUGACUCACUCCGGCGAGAAGCCCUACAAGUGUGACCAAUGCACGAUGCGCUUCAGUCAGAAAUACAUCCUGAAGAACCACAUGAGGACUCACUCCGGGGAGAAGCCCUACAAGUGUGACCAAUGCACAAAGCGCUUCAGUCGGAAAAACCACCUGAAUAUCCACAUGAGGACUCACUCCGGGGAGAAGCCCUAUAGGUGUGACCAAUGCACGAAGGGCUUCAGUCUGAAAAGCAGCCUGAAGAUCCACAUGAGGACUCACUCCGAGGAGAAGCCCUACAAGUGUGACCAAUGCACGAAGCGCUUCAGUCAUGGCUCCUCCCUGAAGUUCCACAUGUCGACUCACACCGGGGAGAAGCCCUACAGGUGUGACCAAUGCACGAAGCGCUUCAGUCAGAAAGGCCACCUGAAAAUCCACCUGAGGACUCACUCUGGGGAGAAGCCCUACAAGUGUGACCAAUGCACGAAGCGCUUCAGUCAUGGCUCCUCCCUGAAGUUCCACAUGUCGACUCACACCGGGGAGAAGCCCUACAGGUGUGACCAAUGCACGAAGCGCUUCAGUCAGAAAGGCCACCUGAAAAUCCACCUGAGGACUCACUCUGGGGAGAAGCCCUGCGUGUGUCUGCAGUGCAACGCCAGCUACAGCGACCCACACAGUUUGCGUGUGCACAUGCUCAAGCACACUUUGACGCGGGGUAACGGGACGCUUUGAUUGAGACCUUAUGAUGGCCGGCCCGGUGUCUUGUGUGGAAAGGUUAUUCCCAACAAUGCCAAUAUGAUCGUCCACAUGAGGACUCACUCUGGGAAGAAGCCCUACAAGUGUGACCAAUGCAUGAAGUGCUUCCGUCAUGGCUCCUCCCUGAAGUUCCACAAGUCGACUCACUCUGUGGAGAAGCCCUACAGGUGUGACCAAUGCACGAAGCACUACCAUCGGAAAUGCGACCUGGAGAUCCACCUGAGGACUCACUCCGGUGAGAAGCCCUACAAGUGUGACCAAUGUACGAAGCGCUUCAGUCAGACAAGCAACCUGAAGCUCCACAUGAGAACUCACACCGGCGAGAAGCCCUACAGGUGUGACCAAUGCACGAAGUGCUUCAGUCUGAAAGGCACCCUGAAGUUCCACAUGUUGACUCACUCUGGGGAGAAGCCCUACAGGUGUGACCAAUGCAUGAAGUGCUUCAGUCAGAAAGGCAGCCUGUAUCUUCACAUGAGGACUCACACCGGCGAGAAGCCCUACAAGUGUGACCAAUGCACGAAGCGCUUCAGUCAGACAAGCAACCUGAAGAUCCACAUGAGGACUCACUCCGGCGAGAAGCCCUACAAGUGUGACCAAUGCACAAAGUCUUUCUGUCAGAAAGACUACCUGAAUAGACACAUGAUGACUCACUCCGACGAGAAGCCCUACAAGUGUGACCAAUGCACGAAGCGCUUCAGUCAGACAAGCAACCUGAAGAUCCACAUGAGAACUCACACCGGCGAGAAGCCCUACAGGUGUGACCAAUGCACGAAGGGCUUCAUUGUGAAAGGCAACCUGAAGAUCCACAUGAGGACUCACUCCGGCGAGAAGCCCUACAAGUGUGACCAAUGCACAAAGUCUUUCUGUCAGAAAGACUACCUGAAUAGACACAUGAUGACUCACUCCAACGAGAAGCCCUACAAGUGUGACCAAUGCACGAAGGGCUUCAGUCUGAAAAGCACUCUGAAGAUCCACCUGUGGACUCACUCUGGGGAGAAGCCCUACAAGUGUGACCAAUGCAAGAAGGGCUUCAGUGGUAGCUACAAACUGAAGAUCCACAUGAGAACUCACACCGGCGAGAAGCCCUACAGGUGUGACCAAUGCACAAAGGGCUUCAUUGUGAAAGGCAACCUGAAGAUCCACAUGAGGACUCACUCCGGCGAGAAGCCCUACAAGUGUGACCAAUGAAUAGACACUAGCUGAAUAGACACAUGACUCACCUCAACGAGAAGCCCUACAGGGGCGACCAAUGCACGAAGUGCUUCAGUCAGAAAGGCACCCUGAAGAUCCACAUGAGGACUCACUCCGAUUAGAAGCCCUGCCUGUUAGUGCAUUGCAACGGCAGCUACAGCGACCCAAGCAAUUGGAGUGUGCACAUGCUCAAGCACACGGGCAAUGGGGUGCUUUCACACAGGGUAACGGGGCGCUUUGAGUGACACCUCUGUCCGGUAUUUGUCAAAAUUACUGCUUUUAGUUUUUCUUUUCAUCAUGAUUAAACACU